AUGACUCUGGAAGGAGAGUCUGAUAACUAUCAGUGGACAAACAUGCACAAGAUAUUAAUUCCUCUUCAUGACAUGAUGAAAAGUAUUUCCAUCCUCUCUUCGGUCCCACCAGAAAUAUUCCAAAUGACCAUCAAUGAGGUUUGUCCACAACUGCUUCCAAGCCAAAAAUUAUCAUCGGCACCUAACGGUUCUCCCGCUAGGUCUCUGAUUCAAGAGAGAGGUCGAACUUGUCCCGAGUGUCGAAGCUAUUUCAGCGCGCGGGAAUCCCGGGGAUAUACAAACACUGUUGUCUCCCUUCGCUGGCGGAAAAUAGAUUGUGCCCUUUACGAAUGCCUUCGUGCCGUUACACCUGAUUUUAUUCGGUUGGGCAUUCUAGCAACAUGGAACCGUUUAAACUCGUGA